CUCCCAUCCAUUCACCCCUACAUCCUCUUAAACGCCUCUCUUACGCACUCUUACGCGCAAAGGCACGCACCACCUCCAUCAACACCACCACCACCUCCAGCGCACCGCCACCGCCAUCUAUACAGCCAUCAUGGAGACGACCAAGCUGCCUCCGUCCAGCCCGUCUUCGCCGACCACCAGCUUCUCGGUGCCGUCCGCGGAGAAGGUGGACGGCUUCCCGCGCAGGUCCAUGCGCAGAGCCCGGCAGAGGAGGUCCCACAGCUCGUCCCAGUUCCGCUACCAGAGCUCCCAGGUGGAGCUCACCCCUCUGCCCCUGCUCAAAGAUGCCCCGGUGGCAGAGUUACACGACCUGUUCUGUAAGAAGCUGCAGCAGUGCUGCGUGCUGUUUGAUUUCCUGGACUGCGUGGCCGACCUGAAGGGGAAGGAGAUCAAACGUGCAGCGCUCAACGAGCUGGUGGAGAGUGUGGCCACGAGCAGAGGAGUCCUCAUAGAGCCUCUCUACCCAGAGGCUAUAAAGAUGAUCUCGGUAAAUAUCUUCCGGACUCUCCCGCCCAGCGAGAAUCCAGAGUUUGACCCUGAGGAAGAUGAGCCAACACUGGAGGCCUCCUGGCCGCAUCUGCAGCUCGUGUACGAGUUCUUUCUGCGUUUCCUGGAGAGCCCGGACUUCCAGCCCUCCAUGGCCAAACGCUAUGUCGACCAGAAGUUUGUCUUGCAGCUGCUGGAGCUGUUUGACAGUGAGGACCCCAGGGAGAGGGAGUACCUAAAGACCAUCCUGCACCGUGUCUAUGGAAAACUACUGGGCCUCCGAGCCUACAUCCGCAAACAGAUCAACAACAUCUUCCUCAGGUUCAUAUAUGAAACUGAGCACUUCAAUGGAGUCGCAGAGCUGCUGGAAAUCCUUGGCAGCAUCAUUAAUGGCUUCGCUCUGCCUCUGAAGGCCGAACAUAAGCAGUUCCUGGUUCGGGUCCUCAUCCCGCUACACACGGCAAAGUCCCUUUCGAUCUUCCAUGCACAGCUGGCCUACUGUGUGGUGCAGUUUAUGGAGAAAGAUGCUACAGUCACUGAAUAUAUCAUCAGAGGGCUGCUCAAGUACUGGCCAAAAACCUGCACGCAGAAAGAGGUGAUGUUCCUGGGGGAGAUCGAGGAGAUCUUGGAUGUGAUUGAGCCGUCUCAGUUCAUUAGAGUCCAGGAGCCGCUCUUCAAACAGAUCGCAGCCUGUAUCUCCAGCCCUCACUUCCAGGUUGCGGAGCGGGCACUUUACUUCUGGAACAACGAGUACAUCCUCAGUCUGAUAGAGGAGAACUGUCAAGUCAUCCUGCCGCUGGUAUUCGCCACCCUCUACAGAGUCUCCAAGGAGCACUGGAACCAGACCAUCGUGUCUCUGAUCUACAACGUGCUGAAGACCUUCAUGGAGAUGAACAGCAAGCUGUUUGAUGACCUCACUGCCUCCUACAAAGUGGAGAAACAGAAGGAGCUGAAGCGAGAGAGGGAGCGUGCAGACCUCUGGCGAGGCCUGGAGGAGCACCAGGAGCGCCGGAUGCAGAUGCUCACCGAGGCCGCCAGGAACCAGCGCAACCUCCAGGAGCGAGGCGAGAGAGGGGACCCGCCGACCCCUUCGUCCCCGCAGACGGCUCACUCCGACCAGCCCGAGCCCAAACCCAGCGGGGCCUCCUCUGGAGCCGGGGAGAGCGCCACCUAGGUGCCGCUCUGCAGCGAUUGAAUAACACAGGGGUUAGGGGACAGGGAGAAGACAAGAAGCUGAUGGCGAAAGUGUUGGGAGACAGAGAAAGGUACAAAACAUCUUCAUCUAUCUUGUAUCAUCGAGGAGGGAGCUUUUUAUGAAAAAAAAAAAUUUGAAAAAAGCGAACAAACUCAGUGAUCCAAGAUAAAAAAAUGUACCUUUUUCCUUACGGAGUUGUGUGAAACUGGUUCACUUUUUGCUGUACACACAUUACGUUGCAGAUCAGAAGAUGAAUAUCGUCCAAAAGUGCAGACUGGCAUUUUAAAGUAAAGGCUGGUUUAUUAAACUGCAGGUCAGUACCAAAAAUCGGUAGCUGGCCUGCUUCAAACCUGCCUCAUAAUAAGAGAUGAAAUUUCUCUUUUGGUGCAACACUAACCGAGUUUAACAUGUGUCUAACUUGUCUUAACAUUUAACCAACCGAGUCUGUACUGUGCCUCGUAUUUAUCUUUUGGUCACAGAUGCUUAUUUCAUGCGUGGAUAGCACAAUACAUUAAUAAACAAAAGAAGCAAUUUCACACAAAUGUCC